GUAGGGGAGUUAUCUACGGAUGAUAAUUGUGGUGGUAUACAUUGUUUCAAGUACAUAUAGAUAGCCCUCUUUGGUUUAAAUAUUUUAACAUAUUCACUAAUGUGCAAGAAUUGAUAGUUGACUUUGGAAUUUGUGAACUAUUUUGGAGUUCCUACUUUGCUCUCUGCAAGGUCUCUGUACAUAUUAGUACAAUUAUGUUGCUUAUAAAAUUUUGGCAUGUUCAACGAAAGCUUGUACAGAAAGAUGGCCCCUCAUAGCAGUCAAUCUAAAUCAAACGAAGACUACGAAGUGGAAUGUAAUGUGGAAAUGCAUGAUGAUCAUCCAUUGUUAGAAGAAUGUGUUGAGUCAAACAUCACUCUUGAACAACCGUUGCAUCUGAUUUCCCAGAAUAUUGAUGAAACUAUUACCGUUGAUGUCGACAAAUCUCAACCUGAUGAAAAAAAUAUUGCAGCUGUUUUGCAUUAUACUGGGUUAUUGCUUCAAUUUUCUGCAGUAACAAAUUUGGGGGAACAUCAAUCAUUUGCUAUUCUUGACUAUAAUGUGGAGAAAAGAAAAAUUAUGCACACUUCAUAUGUGUUUGUUCAUCGGUACCCUCAUUAUCGUGUAAAUGGAUUUGUCUGGUUGUUUGGCUGUUCAUGUGAUCGAUUGCGACUGGAAUUUGUGCAGGCCCUUAGCUCAAAUACUAAUUUAAGUACAGAUAAAGUUGUAAGCUAUCCAAAAUGCUUACAUAUAUUGGCAAUGGAAAGAUUUUUGGAGACUUAUGAUGAAAAUUUGGGAAUAACCUCACAAGAAUCAAGUUUUUUCAAGAUUGUGGAAAAAUCAGGAACAUCUGACCCAAUAGAUCAUUCAUACUGUGGAAUGUUUCCUAAAGAGGACUUGUUUAAAGCCGUUAGUGGUGGUCCCAACUGGAUUGCUGUAAAACCAGUCAAUCGCGAAUGGGGGUGUGCACAUUUACUUAUUCUAAAGUAG